AUGGAAGCAGAAAUAUCCUACAUGAAUACUUCGGAGAUCGCACAAACCAUCAAGUCGACGCAUCUCGAGCUCGCUUACGAACGCGCCGUCCGCCAAGCAGAGCGCAUCUACGAAGAAGAGCGCGUGCGGGCCUUACGCGUUCAGCUACUUCUUCUUCAAGACGACCGCGGCGAACUCCAAGACCAAGCUCUGCAGAACGAGGACACGCAGAAUCAAUUAGAGGAGAUAAAUGACGAGUUGAGGGCGCAAUUUUCCGACCUCGAAGCCGAGCUGCAGCAGACACAGGUGGACCUAAAAGUACGAAACCGAGACCUAGACCAUCUCAAAGCAGAGGUGAAUGCCUUGAACUCUGCAAGCGCUGAAGCGACGAAACUUUUGUCAGAGAAGCUAGCAUUAGCCAGAGAGCUCAACACAAUGAAACCCGAACUAGAACAUCUCAGAUCACAAGCAUCGAUACAGCAAAAUCUGCUCGCUGAAAAACUGGGAUUGCAACGAGAAUUGAACUCGCUGCAGGUGGAGCUGGAGACAGAGAAAAGAACGGUGCAACGAAUCAAAGCUCAGGAGAAGUCGGCUGCUCGUGAAGACUCGGCCUUGACGAUGGAGAUUGAGCAACUGAGGAAAGACCUGGCCAACGCCCAACGCGAAGCUCAGAGGCAUGAUCGUGAAAGCAGCUCGGAGAUUGAUGAGCUCAAAAAGGAACUCGCUAAAGCUCAACGCGACGCCCAGAAAAACGAUCGGGCGAGCAAGGCCGAGAUUGAAGAGCUCAAGAAAGAGCUCGCCAAGGCACAACGUGACGCUCACAAGAGUGUGCACCAGGACAACUCCGAGAUUGAAGAACUGAAGAAAGAACUUGCAAAGGCGCAACGUGAAGCACAGAAGAUCGAUCGCGAACACAGAAAGAAGACAGCGCAGUGGGAAAGCGAAAAGGAAAUCCUCGAGGGAAAGCUCGAUGCCUUUCGCAACAAACUCCGGUCUACGAAGGAUCAACUCACGGAGGCGCAGGACGAGAUUGAACAACUGCAAGCAGCGAAAAUGGCCCAAGCGGUGGAGAUGACGAAGGCGAGACUCAGCGGGACCACCACAGCGAAUCCUAGAAAGAGGAAUGUUGCACGGUUCGAUCCUGACAUGACAAUUGGAACGCCGGGUCAAGGAGGCCCAGCUGCAAAGAAGCAACGGGCUUCAGUCAGUCUGAGCGAUAAGUCGACGUUCUCUAUCACGCCUUUCUUGAAUCGCACUCUGAGCAUUCUGCCCGAGACACCAGGUGAGGCGGAAGAAGAACCUCGGAAGAAGCCUCAAAAAUCAAAGCAAAAGCAAGUUGAUGGGGCUGCUGAAGAGACAGAUAAUGCAUCGGAAGCCGACCUGACCAACAAGAAGUCCGGCAAGCCUGCCACAGCAAAGAAACCAACCGCAUCGGCAACCAAAUUGAAGCGCUCUCUGCCGCUGAAAGAAACCACCAACUCAAAGGGGAACACCACAAUGAAGAAGCCACAGCUGUCACAGCUCCUUGAAGAGGACUCCGACCUGGAAAGCGAGCAAGAUGACGCCCAUGGCAACGGUGACAAGGAAAAUAACGAGCAACCAGACCACGCCGACAUGAAAACUCAGGAAAUCAAAGAGAUACCGCAGAAGGAUAAGGUCUCGAAACGAACGAACAUUUUUGAUGACGAAGAGGACAGCGCGUCAGCUCCGAAGGUUAGGAGCCUUGGUCGUGGCAGCAUCGCGCUGGGGAAGGUCACCCUGAAGGCCAAGCCUGUAGGCAAAGGCAAGACGUUGGCGGAGUUUUCGCCUCUUAAGAGGGACCGGAGGGCUGCUAGUGUUCUCUGA